GAAUUGUCACCAUUCAGGGCGACCCUGAGCAGAUCGAGAAAGCCUGCCGAGAGGUGAUUCGGAUUGUCCAUCGGUCGCAAGAGUUGGACGAUUCCGAACACGGCGUGUUCGUCACAGUGGUUCCUGCGGGUGCCGUGGAGCACAUCAUAGGACCUGGUGGUGACACCAUCGAGAAGCUGGUGGAGAGCACAUCGUCAGAGAUCAAUAUCAGUCGCCAUGCCAUUGCGGGGACGGAGCUUCAACCCGUCAGCAUCGCAGGCACUCCCAAGAACAUGCUCAUUGCGUGCAUGCGUGUUCUCGGCCUGGUUCAGGAACUAGCGGACCAAGGCGGUCUUACCAUUGACUCCUCGACCUGGCCUCCACGGCGAAGCCCGAGCGUGGGGCAACUUCGGAGUGUGUCCCGGACCGUCUCAAGGAGCUCGACCCCGAUGCGAGGUCGGUCAGUCGAUGGCGAUGCCGAGGAAAUCCCCCCCGAGCUGUUGCCCGAAUUGCCGACCAGCGACACGGGCAUUUCAUCAGUGCUGUUUGUCGUUUCAGCAUCUGCAGCUGCAUGGAUCGUUGGCCGCUCGGGUCGGACCGUUUCUGAGAUCCGGACAAAGUCGGGGGCUGCUGUGGAGGUUGCAAGGUCCAGGCGAGCUACGAUGUCGCUGCUGGCAGUCUUUGCCCUCCUUGUGGUAUGCUUGGCAUCACCCAGCGAUUACUGGGCCUUGGCUUCUCCUUCCGUGCGGAAGGCACGCGCUCUGCAAGGGCUGGAAGCAGGCAAGGCCUUGGCCUUGGGAGGUCGAGUGCUCACAGCCGAGAACGACACCAGCUUGGCACCGGUGUGGUGUGGACAGGAGAAGUACAACGGUGCUGCUGGGAAGAUGUGGUACACCAAUCCCUUUACAACGGCUUGCAGCCGAGCCUCCACAGACCUCGUGUAUGUCGACGGAAAUCGGGCGCGUGUGGCUCGGAGAGGCGAUCUCAUCAAGAUGCACUGUGACAACUGGGAGUGCCCCAUCCCACCCGUUGUGGAUUGCUUCUUUGAUCGCAACGCCUGCGCAGCGGAUGAGUGGUGCAUGGUCACCACGCAUGAGAAGUGGGGUUCUUGGGCCAUGGGCACAGGUGGGCACACUCCUAACUUCGGGUUGUGCGGAGAGUCCUACUAUGCGGAAAUCGAGGCGAUUGCAUCUCAGAGCGAUGUCCGGAACGUGACCCUGGAAGCACUGAAGUUGACUCGGGACAAGAUUUGCCGUAGCUCGACCGUGGGUGUGGCCAACGGCAUCCAGCUUCAGAAUUACUCGAAACACCGGGUUUGGAAGACCUCUCGCGGCCGCUGCGUCAAGUAUCGCUUGGAAGGCCAGAGCUGCAUCCCCACACUCUCUACCUCUGGACCCUUCGCCAGUGCGUUUGUGCGGCGAGCCCGAAGCGGAACAGCCCCAAACGGGGGCACCCUGGAACGGCCGCUUGCUUGUGCACCUGGCCUCGUCUGCACAGGACCCGGCUUCGAUGUGCUGCCCUCCACUUGCGUCAAAGAGCGGCCCCCAGACGUGUGCUAUGCUGGGCCCUGGUGGGACAGCUCCCGCUGCCCACGCACCUCGCUGCAAACACCGGGAAUGAGCGCAGAGUGGGCGCUGGAGUCCUUGCAGACUGCGUUCCUAAUUUUCCCAGGAGAGGUGGCCUCAGCCAUGACUUGCAAGUAUUGGACGGGUCCCAUGGGCCGCUUGACAGCGGAGGUCAGGAAGGUCACCCACAACAUCUUCAAGGCGCUUUGGCCUGCACAUCUCGUAGGAGAGUGCCCGACGCUGGACGAGCUUUAUGCGAGUAUGUGGCACCAGACGGGCAUCGACCUUGUCGCGUUGAGUCCGGAGGAGUGUGCAGCCGGAGAGGGAAGCGAUGGCCGAAUUGCAGAGGCGCUGGCUCUGGUGGGGUCCUGGACUCACCGACCAAACCUUUUGUGGAGCCUUAUACAUUUCGCGAUGCACAACCAGCCCUCCCCGAUGUGCCGCAACGCUGUGGAAGCCUCGACAGCCCUGGCAAGCCACCUGUCAGAGAACUUCUGGUGCAACGACUGCUGUGGCUUCUUCACAGUGGGCAUACUCUCGGUGGUCGGUCUCCCACCUCAGAGUACGGAUGGCGAGGAGCAUGCGCGAUACUGGAACCUUGGACACAACAUUGCCUCCGAGCACGUCGCAACUACUCGCGGUGGCCACCCCUGGAUUAAUACGUUGGAGGAGGCGCACGACGCCGACGUGAUGAAUCCGUUCUACGUCCCUUACGAGACUUCUGUCAAGAUGUGGCAUGUGGAGGCCUGA